AUGCAUGUGAAUGAUCUGGGGCUUACACCUCCCCCUGGGUCACAGCUGCUACAACCUACCAAUGCCACUGGACCGAAACCCUUGCAUGACGAGCACGGGUCAUCCAGCGGAGAUGUGAGGAUAUCCAUGGCCGGUCAGCCCACAGGGUCGAACCACGAUCAUCAGACGAGAGGCUCGCGGAAGGGCACGUCCGACGAUCCGUCUCUGUUGAAACGGAGGCGUUCAUCGAACCCCGAAGUUGGGCCAUUUUUUCCUGAUGGUCCUGCCGCCAGCCCAAUCGGGUCGAUUGAGGUUGCCGCAAAUGCCGCAGCGCAGACCAGACUUCCGCAGCCCUUGAGCUCGAACAAUACGCCAAAUGCAGACAAUCUGCUCUACGAUCCUCUCUUUGGUCCGGACUUUAUGCUGCCCAAUUUCGACGCGAAUCCUUCUUCUUUGAAACGAACCGCCGACGAAGCCUUGGCUGAUGAUUUCCAAGUGUGGCACAGGCCUGAAAAACGACUGAUACCGGAUUCACUACAAUGCUCCAAUGCUCCUUCUCUGGAUGCAACACCGUCUCUCUCCUCUCCUGACACUAUUCAGUUAGAUCAUUUUGAAACAGUGCCCAAUACACCAGGCGGUAUUGCAGACUCGCAAUUACCCGCGCCUCCUUUUGACCCCUUUGGUUCUCUGUUUGAAGAUCCUGCCUUCCAUAUUCCAUCGGACCUAUCGAAAAUUGAGUAUUCUUCUGAGAAUAGACAAGCACCUCACUCUGCAGACGCGGAGCCUUCGUAUGAUGCGUCUUGUCCCCCGAGCUUCAAUGUCCAGGUACAGGCUGCUGACCCUGUGACUUUCGAUCAUGAGACCGAGAGCGUAUCACUUUCCACAAGUGAAUUGACCAAGCGUCAGUUCUCUCUGGAUACUCAAGAUGUUCUUGCCAACGCAGACCGUGAAACUCUGCAGCGAGUUGACCAUGUACCUGAAUACACAUCUCCAUAUCCGAUGUACCAUGGGCCUUUGGGCUAUCUUCCCUCUGCUCCGGGAAUUCACGUCAAGUGCAUUCAGAUCGCCAACGACCAAGUCAACGCCCGUUUUUCGCACCUCAAAUACAAAGUCCAACAACUCAAAUAUGAAAGAGACAAAUACAGGGAUGCGUGGUCGAAAUGGACAGCACUGGAAGCAUCAACAGGGAAGCCAAGGGCACAGAUACUCGAAGAGGAAAACGCGACGCUACGGCGCGUGUCCACCCAACACCAAAGAAGAGCGGAGCAGUACAAGCAAGAAAUAGAGGUGUGGAAAGGCAGACUGCAUGAUCUCAGUGUUAUAUACAACAACCUCCUCUAUGAGAUACAGGUUCAGAAGAAAAUUCCUGCAGUGGCCCCCAUUCCGCGCGGGUACCGGCCCCGGUAUCAGCCACAGGCUGCUACACAUGUGCAAUCUGUUGCACCCGGUCAGCAGCUUGCGAGCACUCCUUAUAUCCCCGUGCCUCAUCAAAAUUCGCCUCCCAGCAAUUUUCCACCUAGUGGCAUCACAACCGGAUCAGUGCAACACCCCUCUCCGGCGGAGCCACUGCCAGAAACGAUGACUAUUGAUCUUACUGACGAAGCGCCCAACGUCUCACCCAAUCCAUCUUCGAUAGCUCCAUCGAAGCCAAUGCAGGAAAGCGGGGAGCUUCUUCAAUCAUUGCAGAAAAAGAAGUACAAUUGGCUCGAAACAGCGAAAUUAGGUUCCGCACAGCCUGUGGUAGCUCGAGCGGGACCUCGACCUCUGCCUCGCCCGGAAUCCGCGCCUCGAGCUUCUCAACUGCCUCCCCCGCCACGCUCAAGUAGCAAUCAGCAGCCCAGCAUACCUCAUCCCGUGACUCAGGCAGCAAGCAGUGUUAAUCAUGACGAUGAGAUAGAUGUCGAGGACGAUUUACUUCACGAGAUGGAGGAGGAGCUGGCGCGAGGCUGA